AUGCGUAGCCCAAUCACAUUGACGCUCCUCGCAGGUGUCGCUGUGUCCACCGCCGCCACCACACCUGCCGCAUACAGAUACCUUGGACGAGUCAAUCCAAAGACCAACGAGCUGACCUGGCCGAGCUCGGGAUUGGCUUUCGAAUUCACGGGCAUUUCUGCCAGCGUACCCAUCACAGUCACGGGCGACAAUGCGAUCGAUAUCGCUGUUGAUGGCAAAACACCUGUUGUCAUCAACGAGGUGACGGGAAACAGCAUCUCAACGCCUGCUGGUCUAGCCAAUGGCAAACACACCGUUGAGAUCCGUAAGAAAUCAGAAGCGUCAUUCGGCAGCAUCUUCUUCAAGACUCCGAUCGUCUCGUCACGCAAGACUACAGCUCCUGUGGGCCCUAAAAAGCGCAUUGAAUUCAUCGGCGACUCCAUCACUGUUGGGUAUGGUCUAGACGGCACUUACCCUUGCGUCAAUACCGCAGCCCUUGAGGACGCUCCCAGGACCUAUGGCGCUCUGACGGCCAAGAACCUCUCCGCGGACUACAGCAUCGUUGCCUGGUCUGGCAAGGGCGUGAUCAGGAACUAUGUCCAGGCUACCGUGGACACAUCACCCACCAUGCCUGAACUCUGGACUCGCUACGGUGCCAACGACGCCGACAACUCCUACGAUUUCUCCUACCAACCCCAAAUAGUCGUCAUCAACCUCGGCACGAACGACUGGUCUUACCUCUUGUUCAACUCUACUGGAGGGUCUUAUGCUGGCCGUCCCACCGUCAAUGUAACGCAAUUCACCAAUGCUCUCUACUCCUUCGCGAAAACGGUGCAGAGCAAAUACAAUAACCCGCAGAUGUUUCUCACAUCCUCGCCGCUUCUGGGUGAUUCUUACCCGACUGCGGCAGACGCACAACAUACUACCCAGGCAAAUGCAGUCAAGGCAGUAGUCGCGAAGCUAGGAAGCAAGGCCCAUUUUGUAGACUUUCCUUCGCAAGAUACUAAUGCUGUUGGAGCUGGGACGAGACAGCUAGACAAGACAGCAAAGAUGGUGACUACCGAAGUUGUGCUUUUUCCUCUUAAGACAGGAUAUAACCCCGAUAAUCACAAGACCGCCGCUCCCAUCGUAAACUACACGAAUGAGACAAUGUCGGCUGUCCCAGGUGUCCAGGGCUUGUACUCUGGUUUGCAACUAGAGGACCCGAGUUUGUGGCAACUCAUGUGCAUCUGGGACAAAGCUCAAAGUCACUACGACUUCCAGGCUUCGGAUGUCUAUGAUCCAUUCCUGAAGAAGUUAUUUAGCAUCGUGGACGACACCCGUAGAGUCUCCGGAGUACAUAUCGACUUCCACGGUGAUAUUCUCAAGACCUUCGAGGCUCCCGUCACCGAGAUCGCCACCUUGUACUUUGAUGGUGGGCCACCGCAGAACUAUUUCGAAGGUGCUGAGGAGUGCUGCCAGGCGUGGAGCAAGGCUGAGAAUGGGCCUUCCGACUGGGCUCUGGGUACGACUUACGAGGAUGUUGAGAAUGACGGCGUUCAGGGCAAAGCUGUGGUCUUGUGUCUUGGAUGGAAAUCGAAGGAGCAACAUGAGGAGUUCAAUAAAGGUGAGAUUGUCAAGGAGUACGGGGCCGGGUUGUUGAGUUCUUCAAAGAAUAGGACCGUGUGGCAUGUCCAGUUCAAGAAGUAUCAGAAGUAG